UCUCGCCUUUUUUCUCUCGCUGCCUUUCCAACACCACUCUCAUGAAAAGAAACCCCCUCCGCUCGUGACUUUCAACCAAAACCCCAUGAAAUAAAACCCCCACUUUCGGACACAAAACCCCACUUUUCCUCCCCUUUCUCAUGACUCCUUCCCUCCAAAACCUACCAUGCCGCCGUCUCCCCAAAUCCUCCGUCAUAACGGCGGCACCGCUCCCCACUUCCACUCCACUGUCUCCGUCCAGAAGCUCCGUCGCCUCAGUACUCUGAUCCUCGUUCUUCGCCUCGCUUCCUUCUGCUUCUCCCUCGCCUCUGCUGUCUUCAUGGCCACCGCCCGCUCCGAUUCUGCGAACUGGGUCGACCACGACGCCUUCAGGUUCGUGUUGGCGGCUAACGCGAUCGUGGCCGUCUAUUCGUUCGUCGAGAUGUGGGUUUCGGUGUGGGAGAUUUUGAAAGGAGGCACCCUGUUACCGGAGGCCGUACAGGUCUGGUUCGAUUUUGGCCAUGAUCAGGGCUUCGCGUAUCUGCUCCUAUCGGCGAACGCCGCGGGAACGUCGUUGGCUCGGACUAUGAGGGGAGAUGACACGUGUACGGCUGCGAGCGCGUUCUGCGUACAGUCCUACAUCUCUAUCUCGCUGGGAUUCGCAGCCUUCUUGUUUUUACUAGUCUCUGCGCUCUUCUCGGGCUUCCGAGUCGCUUGUUUUCUGAUAACCGGCUCUCGUUUCCAUCUGUGAAAGAGGAAAAAAAAACAAGAGAGAUUCUUUGUAAUAUAAAUACCAUAUUUUCCA